AUGCAAAAUUAUAGCUACGAGCAGUCCUCAACUGAACAGUAUAAUGAGGAUAAAAAGAUAUUUUGGAAUUCAAAUCCAUAUCAAUUAAAUUUCGAGUUAAAACGAGAAGCUCCAACACCAAGUGAUAAUAACUUACAGAAUUUAUCGAGAAGUCAAUUAGCACAUUUAAGAGAAUCUCCAGCAGCUAGAGCACGACGUUUAGCAAGAAAUGCUGAACGAAUGCGUGAAAAAAGAUCCAGAGAAGAUAAUAGUGAAAGAAGGAGACGACUUGAUAAAAAUGCCUUAAAUAAUCGAUUAAAACGAUUAAAUGAGUCGCCAACUGAAAAAGCUAUUAGACAAGUACGGGAUGCGGCUAGACAACGAUUACGACGAGCAAUGGAAUCACCGGAUCAAAGAGAAUCAAGACUUAGAAAACUAGCUGAACGAAUGAGAAUGGUACGAAAAUUAGAAUCACCUGAUAGAAAAGCUGAUCGAUUAUCGAAAGCAGCACAACGAGCUAGAGAUAGAUUGCAAAGAGAAACGAGCGAAGAAAGAAGAACUAGAUUACAAAAAGGUUCCGAAUAUGCUCGACGAGUCAGAAGUAAAAGAAGUACGACAAGAAGUUCAAGUGCCGCUGAUACAUCCGAUAAUUCUAAUCAAAAUACAAUUAAUAGCUUAUACUCAAGUCAUUCACAUGACAAAAUAUUGAAAAUCCCACAACAGCAGCUGCAACAACAACAAAAUAAUAAUCAUCAUCAUCAUCAGAAUAUUAAUUUUUACGACAAUGCAAUGCAAGCUAAUAACUAUAACUUUGUAAACUUUAAUAACUCAAUAUCAGCUUUAGCAUUUAAUCAAAAUGAUCCGUCAAGUGUUCCUCAGUCUGUAAAUAAUUCAAUUAUUACACUGAAUAUUCCGCACUAUCACACAGUAUUUUCCUCACAGCCACCCCCGCCGCAAACAAAGAAUUUCCAUCCAAACAUCAUUAAGGAAGAGAUAUAUCCAAAACUUCUGCAUUGUGAUCCAAAUCAUACGAAAUCAUCGCAUCAUAAUUUAAGUAAAAAUUCUACAACAUCAAAUAAUGACAAUGAAACGGAACUAGAUCGAUUGGAUAAAUUAAGAAAGUCAGCUGAAUUAAGUCGAUUAAGAAGAAAUAAUGAAACACCAGAGCAACGUAAUAAGCGUCUAAAUGAUCUAAAAAUGCGUGCCAGAAAGCGUCGUGAAGAAAUUAAGCAAAUGGAGUCAGAAGAGGACAGAAAAUCGCGACUAGCUAAACAGGCAGAAUAUGCACGAAUACGACGGCAGCGUGAAUUAAAAAAACCAGAUAAUUUUGCAAAAUUAGGCGAUCAACAAUCACCAAUUUUAAUUUCCGAUAAGCCAAGUGUUUUAAAGAUUUUAGAGCCAAUUAUUGAAAUGAACACCACAGACAUAGAAACAAUUUUUACAUUUGACACGGAAUAUUCUGCAGAUUCUGUUGAAUGGUAUUGUUAUGAAAAUGUUUUUGCUGUCGGUACUUAUCAGCUUACGGAAAAUGAAGAGAAUACAAAAUCAAUUAGAAAAGGACGAAUUUAUUUGUUUAAGUUUGAUGCAUCUGAUCUGAAAGUUGAAAAGCUUCAACAAAUUGAAUCUGAUGCUGUUUUAGAUCAGAAGUGGUUCAAUGACGAACUUAUUACAGCAACUUCAUUAGCAAAUGUUGAAUUGUACAAGUAUGAAAAUUCUUGUCUGGAAAAGAGAAGCGAAAUUUCGCUAGAUUCGUCAAUUCACGACUGUUUAGCACUUUCUGUUGAUGUUGAUGUAAAAACUAACAAGAUCCUCGCUAGUGACUCUUAUGGACGGUUAACAUUGAUCGAUAAAUCAUCUGAGAAAGUUUUAUUGCAAUGGAAAUGUCAUGAUUAUGAAGCAUGGACGUGUGCUUUCGAUAAUUGGAAUCACAAUAUUGUUUAUUCUGGAGGGGAUGAUUCGCUGCUCAACAUAUGGGAUUUGAGAGAUAGUUCUAACGAAAUGGCUAGUAAAGUGCUGUCAAAGAAACGAGAUGCAGGUGUAACAUCAUUUCUUAAUCAUAAAGAAAAUUUACUGUUGGUUGGAAGUUACGAUGAAAAUCUGUGCCUCUACGACGUCAGAAAUGUUAAGCGUAGCAUCGAUGAAAUUAACUUAAACGGAGGAGUUUGGAGGAUCAAAAAGUCACCACAUGAUGAGAAUUUACUUUUGACUGCCUGCAUGUAUCAUAACUUUUCAGUCAUCGACUGUUCUGAAAAUGUAGACAAUUUUUCAUACUUUCCAAAGAAAAAACUUAAAAUUUUAUUGGUACUGUUGCUGGCUAUUACUGCUUUAUUUAUGUAUAAUUCACCCACAUCAUUUAUUAUUCCUGAUGAGAUCGAUUCAAUGGAAUUGUAUAUGCCAAAUAAAACCAAAAAUAUUUUAUUCUGGACGCAAUUCUUUCAACAUCAUACAUCAGAAAAAAGUGGAAAUGUAGGAAAAGAAAAACUAGAAUCUAUCAACUGUCCAGUAACCAACUGUUAUUUCACACACGAAAAAGGAUAUCUUAAAAAUAUUACAGAAUUUGAUGCAAUAAUGUUUCAUGGACCCGAAUUUAUACCUCAAAUUCCACCUCAUUCGAACUUAAACCAACUUUAUAUUUUCGUGUCAUUAGAAGCACCGACUGCAGUUUUUGGCCAAAUAGAACGAUUUGUAGACUUUUACAACAUGACAAUGACUUAUAGGAUGGAUUCAGACGUUGAAUGGGAUUAUGGCAAAAUCGUGAGUGCUGAAACAAAUGAAGUUAUUGCGCCAUCAAAAAGUCCUUACUGGAAGUCACCUGAAGAUAAUUUUUUUGAUCAAGACUUCCUUAAUAUCUACCUCAAUAAAACCAAGUCAAUCGCAUGGUUUGUAUCCAAAUGUAAUGCACACUCAAAGAGACAAAAUUUGGUUCAAAAAAUGAAGGAACUUGUUGAUGUCGACAUUUACGGAAAGUGUGGAAAUUUGUCAUGUGAAGGAAUCGUAUGUGACGAAAUGCUGACGACGACUUAUAAAUUUUAUCUCUCUUUUGAAAAUUCACUGUGUACCGACUAUGUUACUGAGAAAUUGUACAGAGCAUUAAAUGAAUACACAAUUCCAAUAGUUUUUAAUGGCCUAAGAGACAUGACAAUGUACAGUCCACCAAAAAGCUUUAUAAAUGCCAAUGAUUUUGAUACACCUGAAGAUUUAGUCAAUUAUUUGAAAUUUCUUAUGAGUAAUCCUCGUGAAUAUAUCAAAUAUUUCUGGUGGAAAAAGCACUAUAAUGUAAAAACUCAUCCAGUUUAUCCAUAUACACAUUGUGAGCUUUGUAAAAAGCUUAAUGAUAAAAGUUUCAUGACUGAAAAUCAUCAGUACCGAGAUAUAAAAUCGUGGUUUUUUGACGGCGCGUGUAAUCAGACAUCUCACAUUAAAUUUUAA